AUGCGCACUCUCUCGGUAUUAGUCACUGCUGGGGCAGCUAUGGCGGCGACGAUCAGGAUCGAUGCUUUGAAUCUGGCUUUCGUGCCCAAUGUCACGACAGCAAGCGUGGGAGAUGUCCUUGAAUUUCACUUUCUACCCAAUAAUCACAGUGUUGCCAUGGGCGACUUCGAGGAUCCGUGCCAGCCUGCUAAGAGCGGAGGUUUUUUCUCUGGCUAUUAUGCUCUGAACUCAGGCGAAGCGGAUAAUGUAUUCCGUGUCACCGUCAAUGAUACCGAUCCGAUCUGGCUCUAUUGCACCAAACUUGGCCAUUGCAAGAACGGCAUGGUUGGUGUCGUUAAUCCGACAACAGAGAGAACGCUGGAAGGUUACCUCGCGGGUGCUCGCGCUUUCAACGGUACUCUCACAGAGGCUGGUGCUGCAUUCGGAGGCAUUACAGUUCCGAACACAGACACGUCCAGCGCAAGCUCUACAGCCGCAUCUAUGACAGCGCCGAUGAGCAGUUCAACAAGCACCAGCUCGGUAGGAACGGCAGAGUUCACGUGGAAAACAUUCUUAUUUUCAAUGUUUUUGGCGCUAGCUAUAUCGUCUAUCUAA